AUGACGAAGGCCGAAGGCCCAUGGCAACAUCUGCCAGGUGCUUGGCAAAGUUCCGGGCUCUGGAGAUGUCUUGGCUUAGGAGAUCUCAAGAUGAUUCCAGAUGUGACCCUAUGCUGCGAAGUCCAAUUCCAGGAGCUCACCGAGGUGCUGGCCUUUUUCAAAGCUGUUAAGGCCCUUGCGGCUGACACCAUUGACGGCCAUGUGACCUUCAAGAAGUUGACGUUCAAGGACGAGGUGAAGACCCUUUUCCCAGGACACAACCGUGUUGUCUGGCCUCUUUCCACAGACCAGACAACAGUGGUUUUCGAUGGCUACCAGAUGGAAUGCUUCCUUACGUGCUUUUUCCAAGAAGACGACGAGGAAAGCGACAAGUUGGCGAAGGAACGGCAAGAGAUCGAUGCCGACUGUGAAGAGGCGCGCCGCGAGGUGGCUCAGUCGGAACAGCAAAGCCGGAGCUACUUAGAG